AUGGCGGCUUAUGCAGCUGUGCUUUCUCUAAAGCAUAGCAUAGACCAAAUCCAAACUCAUCCUUCCCCUCCAAUUUCUCUCCACUUUACACAGCUUCAAUUCCUUACUGAAAAACUCAUUUACUUGCAAGAGUUUCUCGAGAAUCAUUCAAUUGAUGUAGAGGGUUUGGAGGGUCGUAUAGCCGACGCUGCUUAUGAAGCAGAGGAUUUAAUCGAAUCCCAUAUUGUCCAUCAAAUUCAAGCUGCAAAUGCCACUAAUGAGGGCAAAUUCAUCACUUUCAUUAGAUUCUUUCGAGGCUUAUGCAAAACCCCGACCCCGAGUCAUGAAGAAAAUUUAUUAAGUCCCAUUGAAUUGUAUCAUGGUCUAGAAAAAGUGAUGCAAGACUUGGAUUUGAUCAAGGGAGACCUUGUGGAGAUUAUGAAGCAGAAAAGAACGCAGGUGGAAAGAAAUUAUUCUACGCCAGCUGGCCGGCCGAGAUCUCCUCCCCGAACGCAAGCUGCCAUGGUGGGUCUCGAUGAUAUCUUGCUUGAAGCCUUGGAUAAGCUGACUGGACAACAAUCGAGUCGCCAGAUCAUCCCCAUUGUUGGCAUGGGUGGAAUUGGUAAGACCACUCUUGCUAAGAAUAUAUAUGUGAAUCCGCUUAUUGUGCAACACUUUGAUUUUCGUGGUUGGGCCACGAUUUCUCAAGAAUAUGAUUCGAAAGAGAUUCUUGUAGAAAUCCUUGUCUGCCUCAAAACUGUUUGGAGCAGGGAAAAAUUGGGACAAAUGGAGGAGCAUGAAUUAGGAGAAAAAUUAUACAAAAGUCUAUCAGGUCAAAGGUAUUUGAUUGUGAUGGAUGACAUGUGGAACAUCGAGGCGUGGGAUAGGAUUAAGUUCUUCUUUCCCGAUUACAAUGAUGGAAGUAGAAUAGUGAUAACCACAAGGCUGUCAAAUCUGGCUCAUGAGUUGAGCGGUUCUUGUGUCCUUGAAGUGGGUUUUUUGGAUGAGGAUAACAGUUGGAACUUGUUCCAGAAAAGUGUGUUUGGAGAACAUGAUUGCCCUCCGGAUUUGGAAGAAAUUGGAUUGCAGAUUUCGAAAAACUGCAAAGGCCUUCCAUUGUCGAUCGUCGUGGUCUGUGGACUCCUUGCAAAUUCCAACCAAACACGAGAACACUGGCAGUACAUUGCAGAAAAUUUGAAUUCAGUGGUGAAUUUAGAUGAGAAUGAACGUUGCUUGAGAAUACUACGUUUGAGCUACAAUCAUUUGCCGGUCCAUCUAAAGCCGUGUUUUCUUUACCUGGGAUUAUUCUCCGAGGAUGAUUUGAUCAGUGCUUCGACACUCGUCAAGCUCUGGGUUGCAGAAGGGUUUCUAAAACCGAUUAGCGAUAAAACCCUAGAGUUAGCUGGCAGAGAGUACUUGAAGGAUCUUUUCGAAAGAAAUCUCGUUCUAGUUCAUGAAUUUGGGUACAAGGGAAAUAUAAAACGCUUCAGAAUCCAUGAUCUCGUUAGAGACUUAUGCAUAAAGGAAGCUGAGAAGGAAAUGUUCUUCCGUGUGGCAACCACACAUGGUCCUAACCAGGGGCAAAAUUGGCACACUCAACGCCGAAUUGCUAUUCAUAGACGAGAAUCGAGUAGCAGCAAUCACAUCACCUCGGAAGCUCGUAACAUCGCGCGAUCCGCAAAACUCGCUCGUUCGUUGAUUUGUAAUGUCGACCGAUUACGCCCUUCCCCAUUAUUGAGGGUGUUCCACCGGACCAACCCCCAAUAUUAUUAUGUUCCGGAAUACACAUAUCCUUUAGAAGAUAUCUUUCGCCUGGUCAACUCUCGCCACCUCGUGGUCCCAGCCAGCCUACUGAAGACUGGCCGGUUGACUCCUUCAUUCUACCACCUUUGGAAUUUACAGACUUUACAACUUGAUUAUGUUCAUAUUUAUCCAUUACUAGUCGACAUCUGGCGGAUGCCUCGACUCAGGCAUGUCAACAUAUUUAUAUUCCAUUUGGCCGAUCCUCCGACCAGCCAUGACGAUUCCGAUUCCGAUUCCGGAGUACUUUGGGACCUACAAACGUUGAAAACUGUAUUGAUUUCUAAUCGGGUCUUGGAGAUGGUGAGGAGAGUCCCUAAUUUGAAGAAGCUGAAUCUGAAGGUACCAUACACGAUUUACUUGUCCCGUGUCGAUUACGGGCUCGAUAGUUUAUGCCGGUUGAGUAAGCUCGAAUCCCUUUGUUGCAACUUCUAUUGCGCUCAAGAUCCAGUCAACCAUUCCCAUGACCUGGCUCGAGGCCUCAUUUUCCCGAUUUCCCUAAGGAAAUUGACUUUAGAAAACUCGAGCCUCGUCUGGGAUGACCUGGCGGCCAAAGUCGGCCAUCUGCCUCAUCUUCAGGUGCUUGUGCUGAAAUGGGAUUCAUGCAAAGGACGCAAGUGGGUAACAGUCGAAGGCCUGUUUUGUAGCCUCAAAGUCUUGAAAAUUCAUUCAUUUAGUGAGUUGGUAUACUGGACGAUGGAGAACUGGGCCCACUUGCCGUGCCUUGAGAAACUCAUUCUCAACUAUUUGCCGAAUUUAAAGGAGAUUCCUUUGGAAAUCGGAAAUAUACCGACACUGAAAUCGAUUGUGGUGAACGAUUGUAGUGACUCGGCCGUGAUGUCAGCGAAGGAGAUAGCUAAGGAGCAAGAGGAGAUUGGGAAUGAGGGCCUUCGGGUCAGAGUUGUGCUUCGUGAUAAGAGCCAAGUGUUAGAGAGACUGGGCGGCCUGGCCAGUGCCAACUUUCAAGUCGAAAUAUGA